GCAUUUAUUACUUUAAAAUGCGUUUACAAAACGACGAAGCAAAAUAGACUAACAAGACAGAGAGAAGGUGGGAGAAACAUUGAUCUCAAAGAAGAUGGCGAGCGAAGAAGAAGAGAGAGCGCUAGAGAAACAGCUAGAGCUACAGUUAGAGGAACAGAAAGACUCACUUGCUGCCUUGAAUGAUGCUCUCGCCUCUGACCCCUCUAAUCACGAGCUUCUCUCCGUUCAAGAGGAGCUUGUUCAGGCAAUUAAAGAUGCAGAGGAUGGACUCCUGCAUCUAAAGCGUGCACGUUUAUUACGAGAAGUUGAUUCUGCACUACAUGAUUCCAAGGAUACUGGUAAUGAUGUCAAAAUAGAGCCUCUUGAUUCAGAUGAGGUUGGAGCAGAACCUCUGGAGGAGCACAGUCACUCUGUUGGAUCAAAGUGUAGAUUCCGCCACAAUGAUGGACGUUGGUAUAAUGGUAAGAUUAUUGAGCUGGAAGGUUCUACUAAUGCGAAGAUUGCUUUCCUCACCCCUACAUCAGAAAAUAUGUUGACAUGCAAGUUUUUUCUGCAACAACGAUGUCGAUUUGGUACUAAUUGCCGCUUAUCUCAUGGGGUUGAUGUACCAUUAUCUUCUCUGAGGACUUAUAUUCCAACAAUGUGGGAUCAGUCAAUGGUGGGAUCCAGUAUUUGGGCAGUAUCGGAUAGUAAUGCUGGCAUUUGGAGGGAGGCUGAACUUGAAUCUUGGGAUGAUAAGCUCAGAGUAGGGAAGGUUGUUUUUCGUGACGAUGGAAGCUCUGCUGAACUUGAGAGUGACUCAAUGAAUUUGUCUGAGCAUGCUUUAAGGAGCGAUGAAGAAGAAAGUCAUUCAAGCUCAGAACAAUCUGAUUCUAGCGAUUACGAAGAAGAGAGCGCACAAGGUUUAGGAUUUCUUGAGAGUAGCACUCUACAAAGAGGCAUACAAACAGAAACUGCCAUAUUUGCAAGGUGGGAGAAUCACACUCGGGGCAUAGCUUCUAAGAUGAUGGCAAACAUGGGUUAUCGCGAUGGGAUGGGUUUAGGUGCAUCUGGGCAGGGAAUGGUAGAUCCCAUUUCUGUGAAGGUCCUCCCACCAAAGCAAUCACUUGAUCAUGCUUUACAAUCCCAAAAAGAAGAAGAAAUCAGAGAAAAUCAUGGGAAGAAACGAAGCAGAGGUGGGAAGAGAAAACGUGAAAAGAAGUUGGCUGCAUUGGCUAAAGAAGCUAAAGAAGAGGAGGAAAUGAAUCCAGAUGUUUUUAGUCUCAUCAAUAUUCAACUGGCUAAGCAUAAUGAAGCUCUGAAUGGUGGAUCGAAAACUAAGCAGCAUCAUAACAAAGUCUCAAAGAAAGUUGACAGAAGAGUUCUCAUAGCUUAUGAUGAUGAGAUGAAGGAGUUAAGAUUGCGGGCAGAAAAGCUCGAAGAGAUGGCAAGUAGAAACAAAAAGGAGAAAGUGGUCUAUGAAGCUGCAAUGAGGAAGUUGAAUGAAACUCGCAAAGCUUUAGCCGAAGCUGAGGCAGCUCACGCUUCUGCGUCAAAUGCAGUUGUCAGCAAAGAAAAAGAGAAGAAAUGGCUCAAGUUUUGAGCUAUCCUUUAUAGUAUUAUAUUAUUCAUGAAUAUGUAAUGCAUUUUAACGUGUGAUCUUUGCAGAGAUCAUUUGGAAAAUCGAAUAUAGAGUUCUAAUACAAACUUCUCCAUUGACCUCAUUA